AUGGCACUGUGCGGGGGCUUCCAGGACUUCAGCUUCGAUGGCGGUGUGGCAGACAACGCCCCAGUGAUUCUUCAGCCAGCUUCCUUCGCACAGGACAGCUGGGUGUCGUCCUGCUGGGACAACGACGGCACUACUGAAGACGCCUACUUGCAGCGGUACUACGGCGCGCGGUACAACGCAAGCGUCCAAGGGGCGUUGAAUAGAACGACGGUGAGUGGGGACUACUACCACAAGCUGAGGAUGAAGCACGUGCUGCAGUUCGCCUACGCCCUGCAGAAGAAAAAGAAUAAUAUGAGGAAGAAGCAGAAGAAGAAGAGAGUGAGCGAGGCAAACUACGAGGGCUUUGGCUCCUCCUACAUCUGCGCUGCUGGCACGAUACUCGGGCCUCAAGACAAGGACACGAAGCUCCGAAGCUCUGCAGCAGUUGAGCGUUUGCUUUGGCUGGGCUGCAAGCGUAGGAUGCAAAGCGUGAUUCCAGCCAAGAAAGCCUGCGACAGCACGACGGAUGUGCAAACGCAAUGUGACACCUGGGAGUAUGUCUUCAACAAGCCUCAUCCCACCUACAACUGCAUCGUCAGAGAUUUCUGCACAUCGGCAGACUACAACUGCCUAGCUGUGCGAGGGCAGUAUAUCCUGCACCCGUCCAGUUGGGAGGCCUUUGCGGCUUGGUAG